AGCCGCACGUCGCGCAUUUCCAGACUCGUACUACGUUACGAUCUUGUAUACGUACUUUACGUUCGGUAAUUAUAAUUUCAAAAUAAGAAUAUCGAAAACAAAAAAGCAGAAUUAAUUUUUAUUUUUGUUUUUUAAAUAAAACAAUAAACAAAUGCUCCAGUGAAGUUUUACAGUUUGUUGUCCAUUAUUAUUUAUUAUGGGAUGGUAAUUAUAAUUUUGUGACACGAAUAAAAUGAAUGUAGAAUUAUUGAAUUUACUAAAAUAUGAAGCAAAGACCGCACCGAAUAUUAAAAGCGAGGGAGGUCACUGGAUCAGACGGAAAGCGGCACUGCAAGCUCGUCGAGGUAUCGACACACGUUCUCAACAGAGAAUACUGCGUAUUCGCCGGCAAAUUGAUUCAGUAACCAGCGCGACAGACGGUCCUGAGGAGUCGUCCACGAAGCGGUCACACACUGCGCCGUUGCCCUCGCGCAUCUCCGCCGGUGAGAGCGAAUGGAGUGGAGCAACGGGCGGACCACCAGCAGAGGUGGUGCUACGACUGCAUCCCUCACCUUCCUCCACAGCACGUGCCAACGUAUCGCUAGUUGACAUCGAUGGCAGUGGCGUGGUAGUGAGGGCGGAAGAGGCACUGAUUGUUGCAUUCGUCCUCCUACUAUGGGUGGCUGCCAUAGCCCUCUUCUUCAACCGAUGGGGCAAGAUAAGGUGCGUCUAUAAACUGAUGUUGGAGCCAUAUCAACCCAAGUUUCAACAGCAACAUCGACAGAGUUGCGCCCUCGCUGAGAAUUCUGUAUCGGUGGCACCACACCACCGGGCAUCGCUGUCGAGAGGCUGCGUGUCUUAUGACUGUGGGAGUACUUUCCCAGCUUAUCAACCGUGCGGAUACUUAUCUCAUCGCCCGAGACAGAACUCCGUUUUCGUUGGAAGUUUGGGCGGCAUGGCUCUCAUUCCAGAAAGUCCACCGAGGCGAUCACGCUCAGCUGCCGAUAUCCCAGCCCUCGUUCCACCAUCAGAUAACGCCCACGCAACUACCCCACGAUCCUCUAGAGCAGCCAGUCUCCAUAGCGCCGUGGACCUGAGGGUUUGUGUACCAUCACCACGGACUUCAAGAGCUGCCAGUCUACAUUCAGCUGUAGAUAUGCCUUCGGGGUCUGUACAAGUCCACGUCAGGGGUUCCGUGACAAAUCUAAACAGACCCAGAAGUCCAAGGCGGCUCACAAUAACGAAUGUUUAAAAACUGUGCAUGUCUGUAAUUUUCGGACCAAUUUUGAUGUUUCUUCUGUUACUAUGCUGUUAACUUGCUUUUGUGUUUAAACGUAGCGAAAGGCCUAAAGUUUAGUGUAAUAACAUUGAUAUAUAAAAACAUAAGAUAUACAAUUAAAUACUAAAGAUAUGGCAUACUAAAUAGAACGUAUUUAACCCAAUUUUGUACUCAUUUUUAACAAUCGACGUUUGUUGUGAAACGUGCAGGAAUAUUCCGACAAAUUUUCUAAAUAUAUUCUUACUAUACUCAUACCUUAUCCUAUGAUAGCUGUUUAUUUUUACAGUUUAAAUUCGGCAUAUUUAUAAUCUUUUGUAUGCUAUUGUGAAUCUUAGGUUUUUAGUAUAUCAAUGUAUAUUCAUUUAAGAUUUAUGUUGUUUUAAAAGGUAUUUUGAUAAUUGGGUGAUGCAUGUUCAAAAGCAUGGUACCAAUAAAUAAUUAUAAUUAUUAACUAUUAGCAUUAAGGUAAUCCUAAUCUCUUGAUAUUUCCAGUAGUAUCCUCGUCUCUUUCUCUCUUUAUCAUAUCUGUUGUAUGUACUUAUAAGUAGAUAUUUUUAGAGCGUUCGACGCAAAAUUUAGAAGUGUGGUGCUAUAUUAAGAAACAAUGCAUAUUAUUACUGUAUUUAUCAUUACAUUACCUAUUUCUUUAAUUUUAAAAUAACAUGCCAAUCAUUUAUUAUUAGAAUCGCUUUCUUGAUAUUAAAUCAUAAAUUAUUUAUGACUUCAUCUUAAUCUAAUUUAAAUAAGAAAAUUUAAUUAAAAAAUAGCCAUCUUUUGCUUCGUUUUGUUUUCUUACAUUAGAUACAAGUCAUCUUUCAUUAUACCUUUUAAUUAAAAAACAAACCAAGGAAAAUUCGUAACAAUUGAAUUAAGGAGAUACUUGUAGAAAUCUCUUCUUUUCCCUUUAUUUUAUUUUUUAAGUAAGUGGAUGAGCUCGAAAUUAAUUUUGAGUUUCAAAUUAGAAAUGGUUUUUCUCGUAGUCUCUUUUAUAUUUUGAUCUUGACAUUGUUUUCGUUUCAGAAUUUUUAAGCAAUUAUGAUGGUAUAAAUAUAUUUAUUAGAUAUAUUAUUAUAGAUGAACCUAUUAUAUAUUUAUGUAUUAAUAUGCAUAUCUUAGAUGUAUAAAAAUUUUGAAACCAUUAAAAAUAAUUCACGGACUUAUUCUUAUAUUUCUGUUGACUUCUCUUUUAGAUUUUGUACAACCCAUACACUUAUUUUAUUUAUUAAUUGAAAUCUAAAUUAUUGGUAUAAUUAAUUUAUAUAAUUUAUUAAUUGAUUAGUAAAGUAAAAAUUUAGUAUUUAUGUUUCUUUUUAAUAUCAAUUAGUUACUUAAUUUAUUCUAAGAAUAAUUAUUUAAUAAUUUAUUUAUUCUUUAGUACAGGACAUGUGUACUUGGCGGACUUAAUAUUAAAAGCAUUCUCUCCCAGUCAACCUUAGAAAAGUGUUAGAAUGCUUAUUUCCGUGUUUAUACUCGUAUUAAUUUUGUUAGUUAAAUAAUUGUAAUAUUUCUGGAAUAGAAACUAUCACCUAUAAUUUUAUUUUAGCCCUGUCAAAUACGUCCUAUAAUUAGGUACACGCUGCUACCAAUUCUAAAACAAUGUUCAAUAUACAUACAUAAUUAGUGUAGAGAACUUUCCCGAACAAUUUAGAUACAAGUAUAAUAAUGCUAGCAAACUAAUAUGGCCAAAUAUAUAAACUACCCUUGGUAUAUCACUGUAAAUAUGACUAGUAUUAAGGUAUUCACUAUAAUUAAAUUAAUAUGGUCAAUUAAGAACUUAAAUACUGAUCACUACAAGGCUCAAUAUCCAGUGUGUAUUUAUUAUUUAACACUUUGUUUUAUUUUUAAAAACUCCAGUGAUUCUUCAAAGGAAAUUUCAAAACUCUACACCUCUUUGGUGUUCGAGUUUGCAUCCCUUCCCAUUCUUAUAAUUUACUUUUGACAGCUACUCGAAAACACAACUGUUCGAGAUUUUGUGAAAGUCAAUUUUGAAAACAAAGUAAAUGAGAUAUUUAAAUUGCCUAAUCUUAUUUGAUUACAAAGCUACCAAAUUACAUAAAAUUAAUAGAUACUUAUAAGAGUCCUUACUAAUAUUAUUAUUAAUGUCAAAGUUUAUUUGUUUGUUAACUCUUAACGGCUCAAUUAAUCGUCAUGAAAUAGUAUACCUACCCUUACUAUUUAGGAUAUAAGUUUUUUUUUUUUUUAAUUUGAAUCAAUCGACAUAUCCAGGUUACGCGGACAAAGUUACUGGUAACAACUAGUAUUAUAUAACAAGUUAUUAUAAAGAAUAUCAGCUCCAUGGUGAGACCCUGAUCAAUGUCUGUCAACCAACUUACACCGUGACAAUCAAACCAACCCAAAUUCAAUGGGCCUGUAUCUUCUUAAUAAGUUUGUAUAGACACUUUCAGACACAAGGCAAACUCAAGGACAUCUUAAUAUUGCUUUAUCAUCCGAUUUCAUAUAAGUUGGAAUUUUGCACAAGUAUGUUAUGUACACAUCUUAGAUUAUAUAGAUGCAGUGUCUCCAUAGAAAUUCUUCGAGAAAAAUGGGUCCACUUUUUCAUAAGAUUUUGCAUGAUAAAUAGUUAUGAGUGAUUCCUUUAUAACUUCUAUAUUUAUUUUCUAUUAUAAUUUCUGCAUAUUUUUAAUACGUAAACAUUCAUUUUAUUUAUUAAAUAAUAAAUCAAGAUACCAUUUUAUGGUUAAUUAUAUAGAACACUAAUAAAAAAACGAGUCAGCUAAAUUGACAAUUAGCUGAGAAAAAAUUGACCCGUUUUUGAGGCUCGAUGCUCUAUCUAUAUAAUCUAUGUACACAUAUAGGUAACUAGCUCAAUUGAACGCAGCGAUUUGGAUCAAAUUGAUUAUAAGAUUAAGAUAAGAUAAAAUGUAGGCAAAACCCAAUAUAUACUUGUAAAGUGUAAUCAGGUCUUUAUAAUUAUGAAAAAGGGAUAUGUGAAUGUACCCUUUUUUUGUAAUGAGCUCAUUUCAUACCUCCACCUCUCAUUAAUGGAUGAAAUAAAUUUUUAUAUAAUUUAAAUCUU